AUGAAGCACACUUCUGCUGUUUUUCUUGAAGGUUACGGUGACGUCGCAUGCACAACAGCAUGGGGCCGAAUUAUGACCGUUAUUUAUGCCAUUGUCGGUAUACCGUUGAUGCUUAUUACGCUGAACGAUCUUGGCAAGUUUUUGUUCAAAAUGAUCAAUCGGUUGGUGAGAAUGUCGAAACAUAAAGUGGUACCAGCAUUGACUGUUUGGACACCUUCAAACAAAAAACUUCCAGAGGUAUCAAUAUAACU